AUGUUGUCACACACUAUGUUCGCCUCCCGAGCUGCCCUAAGGUCUGGCUUGAGGGGAGCUCAGCUGUCAUCCGCUCGCCGUUACCAUGGCCUUGCUCAGAGCAAGUUCUUCAAAGUAUCAGAAGAAGUGCGUGAUGCAGUUGCUACAGGGAAGCCAGUCGUCUCACUUGAGACAACCAUCUAUACCCACGGUUUCCCAUACCCCGAUAACAUUGCUCUCGCCGCACUGCUAGAGUCUGUUGUAAGAGCCAACGGUGGUGUCCCUGCUACUAUAGGGAUUGUGAAUGGUGUGGCCAAGGUUGGUCUAAGUACCGAAGAGCUUGUCGAGCUGGCCUCGACAGCUGAGAAGAAGAGCGCUUUGAAAGUGUCUCGUCGGGACCUUGGAUACAUAUGUGGCAUGGGCUUGGUUGGGAAGCCAAUGCAUGGCGGAACCACAAUUUCCGGCACUAUGAUUCUCUCAGAACUAGCUGGUAUCAAGAUAUUUGGUACCGGUGGACUCGGUGGUGUGCAUCGUGGAGGAGAAAACUCGAUGGACAUCUCUGCUGACCUUACUGAACUCGGGCGUACCCCUGUGACGGUCAUUAGCUCUGGGUGCAAGAGCUUCUUGGAUAUUCCGCGGACCCUUGAAUACCUCGAGACGGAAGGUGUAUGUGUGGGCACCUUCGCUGAUGGCCGGGAUGGCCCCGUCGACUUCCCCGCUUUCUUUACACGGGAAAGUGGCAUUCGCAGCCCCCGAGUCAUUCAAAAUGAAGCCGAAGCCGCAGCCAUAGUUUAUGCGCAAUCAAAGCUUCCUGUAUCCUCUGGUAUCCACUUCGCCAACCCUGUUCCCUUGGAGUACUCCGUCCCCAAAGAUGAGAUGGAUAGCGUGAUUGAAGAGGCCGUCCGCCUUUCCCAUGUAGAGGGUUUCCACGGCAGUGACAACACGCCGUUUGUGCUUGCUAAGAUCAAGGAACUGAGUGGCGGAAAGAGCGUAAUCGCCAACCGGGCUCUGAUUGAGUCGAAUGUCAAGCGGGCAACCCUAGUAGCUGUGGAACUUGCCAAGCUUGAACAGGCUGAUCUUGGAACCGGCUCUCGACACAUGCCAGCAAUCCCGGAUGUAGCUUCGUUAAGUCAAGCCGCCUCGCAAGUCCAAGAUACCCCAGAGCCAGCCACUACAGAGGAGCCCAUCACACCACCACCAAAAGCAGAUAUCGUGGUCGCCGGCUCUCUAGCCAUCGAUCUCUCCUGCGACUUCACCCCCUUCGGAUCCGAACUCACACAGGUCGCACCAAUACCACAUACCUCCAACCCAGCCGUGAUCGGCCAAAGCCUAGGCGGCGUCGGCCACAACGUCGCCGUGGCCGCCAGCUACAUCGGCAGCUCCGUCCUCUUCUGCAGCGUUGUCGCCGACGAUCUAAGCGGCCUUGCGGCACUCUCAGCCCUCGAAAAAGAAGGCCUCAGCACAGCCGGCAUCCAAGUCCUACCAGCAACACCAGGCACGCGCACCGCCCAAUACAUCGCGAUAAACGACAUCAAGAAAGACCUGGUAGUAGCCAUGGCCGACAUGGGCAUCGUCGAGCUCCCAGAAUCCCACCUCAACUUCGCCGACUUCUGGGACCCCCUCCUCUCCCAAACAAAACCCAAAUGGCUCGUCAUCGACGCCAACUGGCGCCCAGAGAUAAUCGCCAAAUGGGCCACCUUAGCACGCAUCCACGGCGCCCGCGUAGCUUUCGAGCCCGUCUCAGUCGCCAAAUCCCGCCGUCUCUUCGGCAGCGAUUCUCACAGCACCGGCGCAACAAUCACCCAGGAUAACACCGUGCCGAAUAACGCUAUCAGUCUCGCCUGUCCGAACCGUCUCGAGCUGUCGGCUAUGUUCGCUGCCGCGCGGGAAUCGCUUCUCUUCGAGUCGCCGGGUUGGUGGGAAAUUAUCAACUCGAUGAAUCUUUCCCCGACGGGUUCCCGCGAGCGUCUGAUCUCCAUGACGUCGCUGGCGCUCGUUGAUGAGGGUCUGCCGCAGCAGACUGUUCAGCUCUUACCGUUCAUCCCCUGUAUCGUGACUAAGUUGGGUGCCGCCGGGGCUCUUCUCACUCAGCUUCUGCCGCCUGGGGAUCCGCGUCUGACGGAUAAGGCGUCGGCGAAGUACAUUCUUGCCCGUGCGCCGAUUGAUUCUGGUGUGCCUUUUGGUGGUGUGUACAUGCGUCUCUUUGCGCCUGGCACUGCUAUGGCUGCGGAUGAUAUCGUCAGUGUCAAUGGGGCGGGUGAUACGCUGCUCGGCGUUUUGGUGGCGGGCUUGGCUAAGGAUUCUUCUGUGCGCGUUGAGGAUAUCAUUCCUAUUGCACAGGAGGCGAGCCGGAAAACACUGGCUAGCGCUGGGGGUGUGAGUAAGGGGCUUGUUGAGAUGCGGGGCUCAUUAGGGCUUUGA